AUGUCAAGCUCCCCUCCCGGUGGUCACAGGGACUGCAGAAACGAUGGCCUUGCCCCAGGUCAGCCGCCAAACUCAACGGUGGAUGCAGCUGCGCCGGCUGGGCUGCACCAGCUUCGCACAGCGAGACCUCCAGAGAGACCUUCGGGGAUCUUUAAGGCCCCACAAGAAGGAACAACUCGCCUGAAACACCAGCAGCAUCUCCAGGCAACAGACAGCAGCAGGUGGGACAUGGAGCAGCGCGAUAGGCCCUGUCGUAUUGGCGGCUUGGGGGCUGUCGCGACUCCUGUGUCUGCAAAGGAUUUCCCCAAACACGUGCAAACCGUGAACUUGAGGGCCGUUGCGGCUGUUGGCCAUACUUCAGAACUUGACCGGCGACAGGACGCAAUACCCAAGCCCAUGUGCGCAGCAGCAGCGGGAAGUCCCACAGGUCAAUCCACGCCAAGCAUGUCGAGGGGCCCCUAUCACACGUUUUUCGCCACAGAACCCUCCAAGCCGGCAAAGCAUUUUUUUGCGGGGCACCCGAGAGGCCUAGCAGGACAUUCUAACGUACACAGCGAAUCACUGAACCACAAAACCGGUCAGAGCGGCAUUGAGAAAGGGAUUGAGGUCCCCAGUCCCUCACCGUGUGAGGGUCCAGGUGCUGGAGCAACAGCAGCCUCACAUGUGUCCAGUGAUUUCAAGAACAAUAGAGGGCACAAGGGACAGAGGAGACUUCUGAAGAGUUCGCUUGACACAAACAGACGGGUCCGCUCGUGGUGGCCCCGGGACUCCAAAGUAGCGCCUGAAGACGGAAGGAACUCGCAGUGUCUCAAUGCAGCAGCAGGUCUUGCUACAGCAAGCCUUUGCCACUCUUCUUCAGACACAGGAAAGGCACAAGCACAACAUUCAGGAUGCCUUACCCUGCCUGAUACUGCUCGUGGAGGCCCCGUAGGCGGAUGCAGUAAGAGAGGCACUAGGGGCCCUGUUGACAGGGGAUCUUGUAAGGUCAGCUUUGCGCCCGCGGCCGCAAAGACCACCGUACAAGCGAGGAGGGCCUGCAGCACGUGUAUUAAGGCGAUCCAGGGCUGUUCUGCAGCAGCAGCAUCGCCUGUUGUGGGCGAAACAACAGCAGGUGGCUCCACCUGCACUGGUGGAGAGGACGAUGAAGGUGCGCAAGACCGUUUGCACAGCCGCGGCUCAGAAGUGACUCCUACAGUGCUGUACUCAACAGGAGCCCUAGAUGGACCGGAAGCGUCCCUCCCGGCAGCGCACUCGCAGCCAGCUGGCAAGGCUGCAGUGCCCCUUCUUUCGCGCGAGGGGUCCCGAGCUGACGCUGGACAGCCGCGGAAUGCUAUGGAUGAGAGGGGCCCAAUGCCACGUGCAGCAAAAAAUGUGUCUGCUGCUGCCACUCGUGCUGCUGCAGUUGCCAAGGCUGCUGCAGCUGUUGCUGCUGCAGCUCAGGCUGAGGUUGUGGCCGCCGCCACCGUUGCAGCAUGGGGAGAGAGCAGAAGCUGCGUGCCUACCUGCACUAGUCUGUCGAGCGAGCAGCGGAGGGAGCAGCUGGCUCUCAUCUUACGACUGCUGCUGCUGCUGCCGCCCGAGCUGCAACACGACAUACAAGCCCGUCUGUUCAUGCUGAAGCAGCAGCAACAGCGGCAUCGAUGGUCAUCGGCCGCUUCUCACCGCUGGCCAAAACGAGCAGCAACAACGGCAAGUCUGCCAAUGACGGCGGCAGCCUCAGGAAUAUUGGGAGGCUCUUGGUGGUCCCACCAACACCAGCAGCCCCAUUUUGCAGCAUCAACUUCUACUCCCUCUUUCACCGUGCCUCUCCCCUUCGACGUCAGAGAUAAGCGUAGUAGGAGCAGCAGCCGCUCUAGCAGCAGCACUCCUUCAGGUGUUGUGUUGAAACUACAGCAACAAUGUAUGCAGCAGCAGCAGCAGCAGGGAGACCGCCAGCCACCGCCACAGCAGCAGCAGCAAUUGUUACGGAAUAGUCCGGGAGAAUCAACAGUAAAUGGCCUUUUCAUGUCUGCUACUCUACAGGCAUCUGCAGUGCUGCAGCUGACGCCGGGAAGGCAUGCAGGAGAGAGCUUGGCAGCUGCAGCUGACCCGGCAGGAGCGGCAGCAACAACAAGGGGUGGCAGCGCAGCGCAGGUCUCCUCAAGUGCCAAGCUGUCCAGCUGCAGAUGUCACAAAGGCACGGCUAGGGGGCCUUAUAAUCGUCCACCGUCCUCCUUUUUGGUGCAUGGAAGAAAUUCACUGCAGCAGCAGCACCAGCAAAACUCCCAGAACGUAACUGAGGGAGGAGCCGCUGGCUGCAGCAAUUUCGUAGGUUCAGUGCAUUCCUCGUGUUGUCGUCUCCGCUGCUCCCCCAGUAACCAAGCAGGAGAGGCCCUGCUAGCUGCCGCUCUCCCUCAAAGGUCAGUUGGGCCGUCUUGCAGUGGCUGCAGACGCUGCGAGGGGGCAACAGCAGCAGCUAAUGUUAGCAGCAGCACCACUUGCUGCAUUGGCACAAGCAGCUGCUGCUCACGCUCUCAAGGACAAGCUCUCAACAGCGCACAGCAGCAGCAAUCCGUUGCUGUCCGUGGCUCGCGAUCUCACCGCGGGACAGCCUCUCUCCUCUGCUACUACUCCGCUUCCGGCCAACUGAGCACUUCCACCACGGCGAUUCCUCAGCCUUCAAGCCAGUGUUGUCACACUGGCCGCGAGAGCUUCCACAUCAAGAAGCCGUCACUGGCGUCGCAGCAGCAGCAGCAACAGCAGCAAGAGUUGACAGCAGAAGACGAUACAACGGAUACAUCUGUAGCAGCAGCAGCUGUUGCAGCCGUUCCACCCAGUUCAAGGCAUAGGGGUCUCGUAGAUGGUGGUGUUGAGGGCUGCAUGCGGAGUGGGAGGGGAACUUGCCCGCCUGGUUCUCAUCAGCAACAGCCCGGGCGGUGCGGGGGACAGCAGCAAAAGUCCUGCAACGCCGCAGCAACCCAACCUCAUGUGAUAGGCCUGCAUAUGGCCCCGUCACGUGGCGGCUGCAGAAGCGCAGGUAGCUGCAGCAGCAGCUACAGCGGCAGCUGCGGGUGGAUUGAUCAAGGGCUGCUACAAGUUCAGAUGUCCUCUGUUCCCUCUUUCCUGCGAUCUGGUGCUGUUCCGAGGCCUUCAAACAACGCGGCGGAUUUGGCGACUCUGAGGAGCUCCUGGGCCCGACUUUUACUGGCCGCGAGAGGGGGAAAGGAUACCCCCAGGACCUUGGCGCUGUCACCUCAGACGGACAGCAGCGUUCUGGGCAGCAUCAGUAGCAACAGUAGAAACAGGAACACUGCAAGCAGCAACACCGUGACCAGCAACAGCUUGAGCGACACCAGCAGAGAAGCUUCUCAAGACACGAGACUCUUUCAGACAGAAGGUGAGCGCUUGUGUGCUGAGGCCGAUACCAAUUCACCUCUUCAAAACAAUUGA